GGACAACGGGGCAGUUGAGGUUCGCAUCCUAUUGCUAUAUUAAGGGUGUAGAAUGAGGUUUUGAAAUUUCCCUGUCCUCUCUAUUUCAUUCUGGCUCCAGCCUUCUCAACCUAUAGCAUGACGGGUGUCGACUAUGCAGUUGCCGUCCCCACCUUUACUGGAAGUGUCAUGUCAACGAUCGCAUCUUCGCUGGUCCUUCUAUCUUAUGCCACUUCCUCUAGGAAACGGCACUUUCGUCAUUGGCUUAUUUUGAACUUGACCAUCGCCGGUGGGAAUUUCCUUAUAUUUUCGGCGCCAACAAAGCUAACUAGCAGGCCACUCGCAUUCUUGACCAGACUUUAUCAAUGCACUGAAUAACUCCAUUUC